GUCAUCCGCGGUGUGAGGACCCGUGUGGGUGCUAAACAACAUCUAACUUUGCCAACUUCCAUAUAAAACCUUUUCAACUCCUUUCGUUAACGUUGGUUGGUUACACCGGAAUCUCCGCCACCAUGAGUAUACUCGCCAAAAUAGCAGAAAUUGAAAAUGAGAUGGCCAGGACGCAGAGGAACAAGGCCACAGCUCACCACUUGGGUCUGCUCAAAGCUCGUCUUGCUAAGCUGAGGAGGGAGCUCAUCACACCAAAGGGAGGCACUGGUGGUGCAACAGGAGAAGGUUUUGAUGUUGCAAAAACUGGUGAUGCUCGAAUCGGCUUUGUUGGUUUUCCCUCAGUGGGAAAGUCAACACUGCUAAGUAACCUUGCAGGAGUGUACUCUGAGGUUGCUGCGUACGAGUUCACCACUCUUACGACGGUACCCGGAGUCAUUCGCUACAAAGGAGCCAAAAUUCAGCUCUUGGAUCUCCCAGGAAUCAUUGAGGGAGCCAAGGAUGGCAAGGGCAGAGGCAGACAGGUCAUCGCAGUGGCUCGAACUUGCAACCUAAUCCUGAUAGUGCUCGAUGUGUUGAAGCCUCUUGGGCACAAGAAGUUAAUAGAACAUGAGCUGGAGGGCUUUGGCAUCCGACUUAACAAGCAACCACCCAACAUUGGCUUCAAGAAGAAGGACAAAGGAGGCAUCAACUUCACAGCUACAUGUGCACAAACCGAGCUGGAUAGUGAUACUGUUAAGAGUAUCCUGGCAGAGUACAAGAUCCACAAUGCCGACAUCACUCUGCGCAGUGACUGCACAGCUGAUGACCUCAUUGAUGUGGUGGAGGGAAAUCGGGUCUACAUCCCAUGCAUUUACGUGCUCAACAAAAUCGAUCAGAUCUCCAUUGAGGAGCUUGACAUCAUCUACAAGGUGCCCCACUGUGUCCCCAUCUCUGCCCACCACCGCUGGAACUUCGAUGACCUGCUGGAGAGGAUGUGGGACUAUCUCAGGCUUGUGCGCAUCUACACUAAACCCAAAGGCCAGCUUCCUGAUUACACAUCUCCUGUUGUACUCCCGGACGGAAGAACUACUGUCGAGGAUUUCUGCCUAAAGAUUCACAAAAACCUUCUCAAAGAACUCAAGUAUGCGCUCGUGUGGGGAGCAUCUGUGAAACAUAACCCUCAAAAGGUGGGCAAGGACCACUUGAUGGAGGAUGAAGACGUUAUCCAGCUGGUGAAAAAGUAAUAGGAGACGUGAUCCACUGCAUGGCCCGUGUAUCACAGUGUUCUGUACAGUUGCUCGGUAAAUCACCAAACAUAUCCAUUAAGCAUCUGUGUCAUGCGGUUCCCGGUUUUUUGCUGUAAUUUAAAAAUAAAAUGACAUGAAUGUAAGUGUCAAAUUUAAGGAAUCCACAGCACUUAACACCAUGAAUAGUUCAUAUUGAAUAUUGGUUAAGGCUUGCAUUAAAAUCCCAAAAAAUCUGUUCAAUAAAAAUAUCAGGGAAUCUU